AUGCAUUUUGUUGGCUAUAGUCUUCAAUCCAAAGCAUAUCGUCUGUAUAAUCCCAUAAGUGUCAAAGUGAUUAUAAAUAGAAAUGUUGUGUUAAAUGAGGAUGCAAGUUGGAACUUUAAUUCUGAGAACAUGAUAUCCAACAUCCGAUUGCUAUCUACUGAUGAAGAACAUGCAGUAGAUUCUGGAAAUUCAACCAAUUUUUUUCCUUUAAGUUCAUCUGUUAGCUCAUCAAUUGCACCAUCAACAACUUUUGCACCUGACGUGUCUUCUGUUGAGCCGAUUCCACUUAGAAGAUCAACAAGGGGAAAUAAAUUGAAUCCUAAGUACUCUAAUAGUGUAAAUACUUCUUUUCAAUUUGUUUUGCUUGUUUUAGAUCAUGUUUGUUAUGAAGAAGCAAUAGAACAAUUUGAAUGGAAGGAUGCUAUGACUGAAGAGAUUCAAGCAAUUGAAAGAAACUCUACAUUGGAGUUAGUUGAUGCACAUGAAGGAAAGAAUGUAAUAGGGCUCAAAUGGGUGUUUCGAACAAAGUACAAUUAUCAUGGGAGCAUUCAAAAGCAUACAACUCGGCUCGUGAAAAAAGGAUAUUCACAACAACAAGGUAUAGAUUUUGAAGAAACUUUUUCUCCUGUUGCACGAUUUGAAACAAUGAGAGUUCUUUUGGCUUUAGCUGCACAAUUAUGUUUGCUCGUGUUCAAUUUGAUGUGA